UAUAAAAAUAUAGAAUUUAAUUAUUAUUUAAGUUUUAAGCUUAAAGUAUUUUAAUUUUUGAAUAGUUAUGGAUAUUCGACAUGCCUGAUGGCAGCGGCCGUUUCUUGAAAGGACGUAUGGGCCACGCCGCUCCUCUAACCAAGAUUACUUUCCACGGAUCUAAUGGUGAAAAUAUACUCAGUUCAGGUCUAGAUAGUUCCGUGCGUCGUUUUUCGACCGUAAAAGAUAGUCUGAACAGAAGUCUCGGGCAGGCAUCGCACAACAGGAGAGCCGCAAAAAGAAAAGGAGUUAAAUACGACGUUGCAAAGUUACCUCCAAUAAUGAAUUUUGCUUCCGAAAGUGCACGAGAGAAAGACUGGGACAGUAUAGCAGCAUGUCAUCGAAAUCUGAACGUCGUCACUACGUGGAACUACGACAGAUGCUGUAUGGGAAAACAUAAACUAUUGCACGACAGAUUUAAGGGACAGAGAAAUGUUGUACCUUUGUGUUUGACUAUCAGCAUUUGUGGAAACUUCGUAAUUAUUGGAUACAAUACUGGACACGUCGACAAGUUUAAUAUUCAGUCCGGUAUAUAUAGAGGCUCUUACGGAGAAUAUACAGCACAUGAAGGACAAAUAAGAGGAGUUGUCACAGAUGGCCUCAAUCAACUGACAGUAACUGGAGGAAGCGACUGCAAAUUAAAAUUUUGGAAAUUCAAAGAUCGUACACAACUCGCUACCUUAGACGUGCAAGAUCAAGUAUCUCAAAUGUUAUUACACAGAGAAAGUGGAAUGUUGGCUGUCGCUUUGGACACUUUUGUUAUUUUAAUAAUAGAUGUCGUAAGAAGGAAUGUAGUCAGAACAUUUUCCGGACACAGAAAUCGGAUUACUGACAUGACAUUUUCUCCUGAUUCGUUCUGGCUUAUUGUUUCUUCAAUGGAUGCAACAAUUAGGACUUGGGAUCUCUCAUCAGGAAGCUUAUUAGAUUGCUUUUGUGUUUCGUCUCCCUGUACGAGUCUUGCAAUGUCACCCACCGGCGAAUAUUUGGCCACCGUCCACAUCGACGAUUUAGGAAUUUAUCUUUGGGCCAACUACACAUUGUAUUCUCCGGUGAUUUUACAACCGCUUGCCAAUGAUUAUGAGCCUUUGCUCUUAAAGCUUCCCACGAUUUCACUCGAAGAUACACCAAGAACUAACAACGAUGAAGAAUUAGAAGAAUCCAGUGAUGAAGAAAUUGACAUGAAUGUCGAAGAAUAUGUGUCACCAGAACAGAUAGCCGAGCAUCUAGUGACACUGUCACUUUUGCCUCGUUCUCGCUGGUGUAAUUUAUUAAAUCUCAAUUAUAUUAAGCAAAGAAAUAAACCAAAAGAACCUCCAAGUGCACCCAAGAAUGCACCUUUCUUCUUGCCAGUUGUUUCGGGUUUAGAACCAAAGUUUGUAGUAGAAGAGAAGACGUCAGAAGAAAAUAAAGAACAAGAUUCAAAAAUUAGAACUGCCAAACUUCAAUCCUUGUCUAAGUUUGGAGAAAUGGUAUUAAUUGCUGUGAAGAAAGAAGAAUAUCUCAAAGUCAUAGAAGAGAUGAUGAAAAUGAGUACGUCCUCCAUUGAUCUGGAAAUCAGAUCGUUAGCACCUCUUGGCGGUGGUUCUAUAGAUCUCCUAUUAAAUUUCAUGAAGGCCAUAAAUGAAAGUUUAAAAUCUAAGAGAAAUUUUGAAUUUAUUGAAUCUGUUCUUUCAUUAUUUAUCAAGGUUCAUGAAAAAAUUUUGAUUGCUGAACCCAUUUUAUUGGAAUAUGCAGAGAUUCUAUCCCAUACUUCUGUUCAGGUCUGCUGUGACCUACAGAAGAAAAUAAAUUAUUCGCUCUGUAUAUUGAAUUUUCUAAGGUAUGGAAUAAAAACUAAUUAAAGAACUUUAGUGUAUAAGUUUUUUACUUACUGGACUUUGUAAAAUACUUCAAAAUAUAAAACUUACAACUAGUGUUAACCCAAUUAGAGAAUAACUUUCAAUUAACAAUUUACAACACACAGUUUCCUACAGGUAUACUUUGUCAACAAACCCAACAACCAAUAUAAUUACGUAAAUAAUGUAGUAAACUGUAGUAUCAAGACAACAAAAUGAUUUCCAAAAUAACAGAAAAUAAAAAUGGUGAAUAAUUUGAAUACUACAACAAAUCCUGAAUAGGAAGGAAACCUGCAUAAAUGGAAAAGUUCUUUAAAAUGGGGCAAUUUUUCAUGUUAAAAAAACUUGUAAAACUGGAAAAAAUAUUUGGUAAAUGUGCGAUUCUGGUUUAUACAGAUUUUACUGUACAUAUUAAAAGCCAAUCAAUGCCAAGAUUGUAGAAGGUAAGGUUGCCUCAUAGAGAAGAAAUUGUGAGGACCCAAAUGAGGUCCAAAAGGAGGUAUUCGCGGUUUUUAAAAUAAAAAUCACAUUUCAUGACGCAAAAGGGCGAAAAUAAAGAUUGAGUUAAACAAUGGAAGUUUUUUUGUGAAAGAUUUAAAACAAUAGGAAGACCAAAGUCAAGGAAAAUGUGGCCGGAGAGGAGUCAUGUUCGGUCACAAAGUUGACUGCUCCCAUCAUCGGGUUUCAAAUUGUCACCAG